GUGAAAGAACCCGCCUCCAUUCGAGGUCGGCUAUGUCCGAGGGAGGAGGGUUGCGAGAGGCGGCUGAGGAUGGAGGGCGAGGGGAAGGCUGUGGCGGCGGGGAAGAGAGCCCUCCGGAGGGCGGAGCGGCGGCGCUAGCGAUGGAGGAAGCGGUAGUGGCGGCUCCCCCGGGCCCUCUUUCCCCCGGCAACGAGGAACCGGCCGGGGACGCCAGGAAGAAAAUUGAUGUUUUACUCAAGGCUGUUGGAGAUACUCCUAUAAUGAAGACAAAAAAAUGGACAGUAGAGAGAACUCGCACAAUCCAAGGCCUCAUUGACUUUAUCAAAAAGUUUCUCAAACUUUUGGCAUCAGAACAGCUGUUUAUUUAUGUGAAUCAGUCUUUUGCUCCUUCACCGGACCAGGAGGUUGGAACACUAUAUGAGUGUUUUGGAAGUGAUGGGAAACUUGUGCUGCAUUAUUGUAAAUCUCAAGCCUGGGGAUGAAUUAAGUGCGACCAUUGCUUCAGAUUGUUCAAAGUAAAUGUGCUACAAUGAUCUUGAGACAUUCCUCAUGGAUAAGCUGAAGAAACGUUUAAAGUGUUGCCCAUGGAAUUCACUUUAUUCUUUUUCCUGUUUUUUCGGUGUCCAUGUAGAAGAUAAAUACAAGAACUAUACAGGUUUCUGAGCCUGAGAUUUUACUUCAUUUGAUGACUUGCUUGUGGAGACAAUUGUGCAUGUGCCAUCAGUUCACCUGGACCUGCCUAUUGUUCCUCUAGCACUUCAAAGGUUCUUUUUGUAGGAAAAAAAUUGGAGAGUACCUAGAUCACAGUUUAACUAGGUUGUUUGGAAAAUAUACCCUUGCUCUUAGAAAGAUACUUAUUGUGUGUUGGCAACUGUUCAAUCUGCAACUGAGAUAAAUAGUUACAUUUUCUAUUUA